UCGCAAAUUUCCACGCGGCUGACGCCGCUGACAGCAUUUCUGCAUUCUCCUUCCUCUCUAAGGCUAUGGCUAAUGUUAUUUUGUUGUCUUUGAUUUGGUACGUAACUUUCUUCUUUUAUUAGCUGUUAUAAUUUCUUUUACUCAUCUAAUAAAAAAGUAGUGCAGCUGAAGAUCAUGCAUGCCGCUCGUGUUUGUUUCUCGUAUGCCUAUUUUUCUUACAGUUUCAUUUCGACUUUUAUUAUCUUUUCGCACCAUUAGUUUUUGAAUGGACGCUACAAAGCUAUGCUCUCUCUUGAGGGCAUGCUUAAGUUCCAAGUCACUCAAGCAAGGCAAGCUCAUCCACCAGAAGAUAGUCUGUCUAGGCUUACAGAACAACAAUGUCAUUUGCAAAAACCUCAUCAACUAUUACGUGUCUUGCCAUUUGUAUGAUUCCGCGGCGCUAGUUUUCCAAAAUAUUGAGAAGCCAUUAGACAUCUCUUUGUGGAAUGGCCUGAUGGCCGCUUACACCAAAAACUUCAUGUUCGUUGAAGCUUUUGAGCUGUAUGAGAGGUUAUUGCGUUACCCAUAUUUGAAACCUGAUAGUUACACUUACCCAAGUGUUCUCAAGGCCUGUGGUGGAUUGGGUAGAGUUGGUUCUGGGAAAAUUAUCCAUACCCAUUUGAUAAAAAUUGGCUAUCUAAUUGAUGUUGUUGUAGCCAGUGCUGUUGUGGGCAUGUAUGCAAAGUGCAAUGCGUUUGAGUAUGCUGUACAGUUAUUUGAUGAAAUGCCUGAGAGGGAUGUGGCAUGUUGGAAUAGUGUGAUUUCUUGUUAUUAUCAAGAUGGGCAACCUGAAAAAGCAUUGGAAUUGUUUGAAAGAAUGAGAGAUUCUGGCUUUGAGCCUAACUCGGUGACACUCACGACUGUCAUAUCAUCUUGUGCAAGGCUUUUAGAUUUGGAAAGAGGGAAGGAGAUACACAUGGAGCUAGUGAGAAAAGGAUUUGUGUUGGAUGGUUUCAUCAGCUCGGCUCUUGUGGACAUGUAUGGAAAAUGUGGUUGUUUAGACAUGGCUAUAGAGGUUUUUGACAAUAUACCAAGAAAGACUCUGGUUACUUGGAACUCCAUGAUUGCAGGAUACAGUUUAAAAGGUGACAGCAGUUCAUGCAUUGAACUUUUUGGAAGGAUGAAUGAGGACAGAAUUAAACCCACUAUGACUACUUUAACCAGCAUAUUAAUAUCUUGCUCAAGAUCAGCCCACCUUCAACACGGAAGAUUUGUACAUGGGUAUAUACUAAGAAACAAAAUAGAAGCUGACAUCUUUACUCAAAGCUCCUUGAUAGAUUUAUACUUCAAAUGUGGAAAUGUUGUGUCAGCUGAAAAUGUUUUUAAAAAGAUGCCCAAGACAAAUGCGAUUUCUUGGAAUGUUAUGAUUUCUGGAUAUGUGACGGUUGGCAAUUAUUUCAACGCUCUUGGCAUCUUCAGUGACAUGAAAGAAGCUGGAGUUAAACCAGAUGCCAUUACAUAUACUAGUGUUUUACCAGCUUGUUCACAUUUAGCAGCCUUGGAACAGGGUAAGGAUAUUCACAACUGUGUAAUUGAGAGUAAGUUGGAAUCCAAUGAAGUAGUUAUGGGGGCUCUCCUUGAUAUGUAUGCUAAAUGUGGUGCUGUGGAUGAAGCACUUAAUGUUUUUCAUCAAUUGCCAGAGAGAGAUGCUGUGUCGUGGACGUCAAUGAUCACAGCUUACGGGUCUCAUGGUCAAGCUUUAGAAGCUUUGAAGCUCUUUGGUGAAAUGCGGCAGUCCAAUGCAGAACCAGACAAAGUUACUUUCCUUGCAGUUUUAUCUGCUUGUAGCCAUGCUGGAUUGGUUGAUAAAGGUUGUUAUUAUUUCAACCAAAUGAUCACCCAGCAUGGUAUUAAACCCAGAAUUGAACACUACUCAUGCUUGAUUGAUCUUCUUGGACGUGCUGGAAGAUUGCGUGAAGCUUAUGGGAUUCUCCAAAGAAACCCAGAAAUUAUAAAGGAUGUCGGGCUACUGAGCACACUGUUUUCUGCAUGCCGUUUGCACAGGAAUUUAGAAUUGGGGGCAGAAAUUGCAAGACUGCUUAUUGAGAAGGAUCCUGAUGAUCCAUCUACUUAUAUUAUCUUAUCAAAUAUGUAUGCUUCUGCUAAAAUGUGGGACGAGGUGCGCAUGGUGAGAUCAAAGAUGAAAGAGCUAGGAUUGAAAAAGAACCCUGGGUGUAGCUGGCUUGUUAUUAACAAAAGGAUCCAACCUUUCUUUGUUGGUGAUAAGUCACACCCACAAGCCGAGAUGGUGUAUGAAUGCCUCACAAUUCUUUCCAGUCACAUGGAGAAAGAUGAAUUGUUGCCAUGUUAGAGAUCAGCCACCCAGUGGAGCUUCUAAAUCUUUUAGAGCGAUAGGAGAUGUGUAUAUAACUCUUGAUUCGCAUUAACUCUUCCCCUGCUCAAAACACAGCAGGAGAAAAAGUUUCAUAAAUUUACA